UCCGGUUUCGCCGCGCCUGGCCUCAGUGCGUUUCCGGGCGGCAAGGAGGAAGGCCACGGUGGAAACUACAUAUCGAACUGAAGCAGGAUGUAGAAGCACAGUUAAAUAUGUUCUAACUAUUUGCUAAAAGCAUCGCCUUCGAAGCUGCCCGCCUGCCUUUCUGACUAGGCCGAACAUCCCAAGGAGCAGCAGGACAUUGUCGCAAAGCACCCAAGACAUUUCAUCGUAUCCUGAAGCACCCAAGACAUUUCAAAGCAAAGCACCCAAGACAAAGCACCCAAGACAUUUCAUCGUAUCCUGAAGAAGGAGGAGGAGACGUUCUCCCUCCUGCCGCUGAGUCCAACCUCGGCCUCUCGCUUGCUGUGACGUGGCUGCGCGCCAUGUCCGGCACACCUCGGAGAGUUUUACAAGUGCUGCGGCCGCACACGUCUCGAAAAGGGAGGACCCUCUACAGCGGCCUUGUGCUGACGGGAGCAACUUACCUCCUGUGCCGGGCGGUGUGGCUGACAGUGGGCGGCGCGAGUGACCCGAGCCAAGGCCCCCGAUCUGGACCUGAUAUCCAAAAGUGGGAUUUUCAGGCUGGCUUCGUCAGGGAAGACAAGGAGACCAGGUCGCGGCUCCCGAAGGACAGCGUCAACGGGACCAACCCCCACAGGCGGGCCUUGCAGUAUUUGAUCGAGGAACCUGACUUCUGCAGCGACUUUCCCGACGUGAAGAUCAUUUCGUACGUCCACUCCGCCGCCAAGAAAACGGAGAACAGACAGCUGAUUCGGGACACGUGGGGGAGUAUGAAGUACUACCAGCAGAUCCACCUACGUAUUUUCUUUGUCUUUGGAGCUGCGGCGUCUCAGGAGGAACAGGACAUCAUCGAUGAGGAGAGUGAAAAGUACCACGACAUCAUCCAACUUGACUUUGUGGAUUCGUAUAAAAAUUUAUCAUAUAAGGGGGUGUCGGCCUUGCAGUGGAUCACGGAGCACUGCUUGCAGGCGCAGUGGAUCCUCAAGAGCGACGACGACAUGAUAAUCAACGUGUUCGGCUUGGUGGACUACCUCAACCUGUACAGCAAGUGGCUGGCCUCGCGCGACGAGGGUCCCCCCAAAACGAUCAUGUGCGCUGUGUGGUGGGGAAUGCCCGUCCUGCGAGGCACAGGCUGUGCCAAGUGGUGUGUCACGGAGGAGGAGUGGCCAGAGAAGUCCUACCCGACGUACUGCUCCGGCAGCGCCUUCGUCAUCCCGACGCACCUGGCGCCAAAGCUCUACCACGCCUACUUCCAUGCACCGUUUCUGUGGGUCGACGACGCGUACAUCUCGGGCGUUUUGCCUAGACAGGCGGGCAUCAAGCACCGGCCUAUCCACUCGCUCUACGAGCUCAACCACUUCCUCAUGGCAAAGAACGUUAUCCACGGGAACCGCCUCUUCUGCCACCACCCUGGCAAGGCCCUCCCACGGGCGACCUGGUGGCCCCUCAUCGCCGCCAAGGAGGGCAGAGGCUGACGCCGUGACGCCGUGAGGGAAGCGCUUCGGGAAACAAAUUAUAUUUUACUACAUCAAAAAUUUCAUACGAGACUAAUAUAUAUUUUGAAACGGUGUAUAUAGGACUCCAUGACAUUAAUAAAAUGUGCUUCGAAGCAGGAGCAUUUACAUACAAUGAACUGUAUUUGUAAACUAUGUUUGUUAAUGUUGAUGUUUGGUGAAGGGCUUUGCCGGGAAAAAAGUACAAGUUUUCGGAGUAAAA